UUUUCGAAAACCUAACCGUGUCUAAUGUUAUGUUUUUGUUACACAUUGUUAGGAAAUUGUGCUGCACAAUAGUAUUUGAUUUUGCUGUAGCUAAAAUAUCUACUAAAUAAGAAGAAAAGAACAUAUUUCAUCGGGGAAAAUGAGUCGAAUUCCAACAUUUAAUAUCCAUGACAGCCUGUGUGAAAAGACCGGUUUGAGCGCCAAAUGGGUGAACGGUUCAGAAUUGUCGGUGUACGCAUUCAACGAAAAAAGAUUUAAUUCAGCCGAUAGACCAAGUGAAUAUGCGAAUAAGUACCCGGUAAAUAUUCACCAUUUGAAAACAAAGUUCAUAUUUGAUGAGCCAAUUUUGCGUGGAUUUUUGGCCGAAGCAAACAGUAUCUUCCAGGACGUUCAAUCAAAAUCGAAUGCUACACAGAAAGAUUUCUUGAAAAUUUCCCAUGCCUAUCGAAGCAUAUUGCGUGGUUGUUUGGAAAAGUUACAAAAAGAAGUGGAUAUCGAUGCUGUAUACAAGGACUACACGACCAUUUUCUACUCCAUUGAAUGCAUUUGGCAUUUGUGUGAAAUAUUCCUGAUCGAUCCGUCACCAUCAAAUCAUCCGGUGCCACAUUUGAUUGAAUGGAUUCGAUUCCAUUUCCCGGAGGCCGAACAGAGGGCGACUUCGUUGCUCUUUACAAAUCGUGGCGAUGAACCAAACAAAGAGUACUUACAAGUGGUGAAAUCAUUGAUUACACAAGGCCAUUUGGAAGUAGCUCGAGCCAUUUUGCAACUGUACAAACGGACCAAUUUCAAUGCAUGCCUGCAAAUGACUGAGGAAAUUCUGCGGCUUGUUCCGAUUUUCAAUGUCGGUGGUGGACUGUCGAUUCAAAAUUGGCGAUCGCAAUGGCAAUACUGGUUGGCCGACACCGAAGCAAAGAUACAAAUGGGAUGCUUUGAAUCCGAGCCAGAGCUCAAAGAGAUUGUCGAACUGGUCACCGGUAAUGAGGCUGCUUGGAAUAAAGUGGCCAGCCAAUCGUCCUGUUGGUAUGAACAUUUCCCGGGCUAUUUGUUUUAUACACAUCCAAACUGCACAUACUAUGAGCUUAACACACUGGCCGAAAAAUGGUUGAACCAAUGGUCAUUCGAACGACACUGUUCCGUGAACGAUGAUGACAACAAUUUAAAGCAUUUGGAUCGCAUUGUACUGAAAAUAAUGCAAAACGAUUUCCAUCAAGUAUUACGUGACAUUCAAAAUGUGUUCGAUCAAUGGUUUGCCACUCAUUUGACCGAUUUGCUUUGGCAUAGCGGCAAAUUGAACAUGUUCAAUGAUGAAACGAACGAAUUUGGUUUGAGUCUCCGAGAAUCGCUUUUAUUCGACUUUGGAGCAAUGUUAAUGUCAAAGGAGUCGUUCUGGGUGUUUGGCAUCGAUUAUUUGGAACAGUGCGGAACGGUCGGUAAUGGUGCGAUCGAAAUGUUCAUCUCAAAAAUGAAUAUCAAGAAUGAAAAGAAUGCACUGAAGCUGUUGAAUGUGAUUCGAAGCAAAAGACUUAUUGAAGCUGAAAAAGAGCUGUGCCGAGUUCAAGCACGGAAAAGUUUCAACAAUGGUCGUUACGGCAAUGCACUCGACUGGGCUCUGCGUUCGCAAGACAACCUUUACGUCACAGCCAUUGCCGAUCUCUUUCUGCUUGUAAGUAGAGCACAGAGCACUGCUAAUUCAUUUAGAAAUUGUCCAAUCAUAAUUUUUCACUUUAUGCAGCACUAUACAAAGACUGGGGAGUUACUAUGCGAAGAUGCCAUACAAAAUGUUGGCGCUAAAAUGUUUAUUUCACCACGAUUGGUGUUCCUGGUGAAGUAUUGCGACUUUCAAAUUUAUCAUCGAACCAAACAAUAUGCAGCCGCCACUGAAUUGUUGAUAAAUUUGCUUGAUUCGAAGAUUGCACCGGCUUACUUCUGGCCAUCAAUGUUUGCUGAUACAUUCUCAUUGCUUGAGGCGGCCGAUCCAAAGAAACACACAAAAUCAUGCACUAUUUGGAAAACAAUUUGUUACCGCUGUUGGAGAAUUUGAAAAAGACAUCGAAUAAUGAAACAAAGAGCAGCACCAUCGCUGAAUGGGAACCUCUGCUAUCGAGAGCAUCCAAUCUACAGAAAUUGAACGCAACAAUGCACAGACUUCAUUUGUUGCUAACAUUGAAUUUAUGGUUAAAAUCAUACGCUUUGCUCGCAUUCGCUGUCUAACUGUAGCUCUUUGAUCUUUGUGAAAAAUAAAUUCAAAUAAUUUUCUUUUUUAAAUA